CCUUUAUUAGACUAUAUUAAAUAGAGUAAACAUCGUUAAUAACUGUUUGCAUCCGGUUAUAUUAGUCUGAGCGCACUUUGACGCUUCUCGAGCUAGCUUAGCCCGCUAUUUAACUUAGCUUGUUAGCCGCUAACAAAGAGAGGCGGAAGUGAUCAAAACACAUCGCUAAGCAGAGAUCAAGUGUGAGUGUAAAGUGUUGUGAUUGUGUGAAAAUGUGCGAAAGAACGAUAGCAGAGUACGAGGAGGAACUUUGUCCAACAAAAGAGGAGAAGGAGCGACAACAUCAAAAACAUCAAGUUGUGUUACACAGAACAGACAUCCAUCAGCUGAUUGGACACCAAGAAGAAUGUCUCCCUCAUCUGCAGGGGGACAGUUUCACUUUAGAGGAUCCACAGCCCUCACAUUUUAAAGGGGACGAGGAGGAUCCACAGCCCCUUUAUUUUAAAGAGGAAGAGGAGGGAGAGUGUCCUGUAGGGCAGGAGGAGGCUGAUCUCACCAAGUUUCCACUGACUGUUGUCUCUGUGAAGACUGAAGAGCAUGAAGACAAACCACCUGAGUCCUCACAGCUUCAUCACAGUCCAAACGUCUGUGAAGAACAUCUUCUCUCUGAGCAACACAAGUGGAGCUUCAGGAUGGACAAGGAGGAACCACAGCCCUUCCACAUUAAAGAGGAAGAAGAGGCGCCACAUACAUUACAAAUGCAAAGGGAAGAAAAUAACCCACUGAACUCCCAUUUUAAAAAGGAAGAGGAUGAACACAGCAUCAGUCAAGAAUGGUUGGAGGAGUUCCAUGUGAUUGUGAAGAGUGAAGAUGAUGAGGUCAAAGGUGAGAGUGAGGAGAAGAGAGAGGCGGAGCCUCCAAGCAGCAGCUCAACUCAACACAUGACAACAGAAGCUGAUGGAGACCACUGUGGAGGAUCACAAGCAGACAAGCUCUUAGCUCCACUAUCAGAUAGUGAGGACACAACGUCACACUCUCCUGACACUGAUGAUGAACACUCUGAAGAUGAUAAGACAUGUCACACUGACAACACACACUUCACAUGUUCUCACUGCGACAAAACUUUUAAAUACCAUUGUCGUCUAAAAACACACAUGAGAAUACACACUGGAGAAAAACCUUUUCCAUGUUCAAUCUGUAGUAAAGGGUUUGUUCUAAGUGAACAGUUGAAAGUACACAUGAGAAUACACACUGGAGAGAAACCUUUUUCCUGCUCAGAAUGUGGUAGAGAUUUUAGACUAAAACACAUGCUGAAAGAACACAUGAGAAUCCAUACUGGAGAAAAACCUUUUUCAUGUUCAAUAUGCGGUAAAGAUUUUACCCGAAGGCACCAUUUGGAAACACACAUGAGAAUGCACACUGGAGAAAAACCUUUUUCAUGUUCAACCUGCGGUAAAGAUUUUACUCAAAGUCAAUAUUUGAAAACACACAUGAGAAUACACACUGGAGAAAAACCUUUUUCAUGUUCAAUCUGCGGUAAAGAUUGUACUCAAAGGCAAUAUUUGAAAACACACAUGAGAAUACACACUGGAGAAAAACCUUUUACUUGCUCAGAAUGUGGUAAAAGUUUUGUAAUGAAUCAAAGUUUAAAAAUACACAUGAGAAUACACACUGGAGAAAAACCUUUUUCAUGUUCAAUCUGCGGUAAAGAUUUUACUCGAAGGGACCAUUUCAAAGCACACGUGAAAAUACACACUGGAAAAAAACCUUUUUCCUGCUCAGAAUGUGGUAAAAGUUUUGUAAUAAAUCAAAGUUUAAAAGUACACAUUAGAACACACACUGGUGAAAAACCUUUCCUAUGUUCAGUAUGUGGUAAAAGUUAUAUAGAAAGACGGCAAUUAAAAUCACACAUGAGAACGCACUCUGGUAAAAAACCAUACUCCUGUUCAAGCUGCAACAAAAGCUUUCGUCACCUAAACACUCUUACAGCACACAUGAGAACACACACAGGUGAGAAAGUGUUGAGUUGCAGUGUGUGUGGUGAAAGAUUCUCUUAUAAAUACCAGUGUAAGAAACACAAGUGUGCUGGUGAGAACAGCAGCAGCAAAUGAAGAUGCAGGAUUUGAAAUAAACUGUCAAAACUUUCACUUUGACUUUCUAACAUCAGCACAUAUAACAUGUGUGACAUCAUUGUUGUGUGUGUAACACAAUCUUGUUAAUAUGAUUCUAACAUUUAUAGAUUAGACACUUCAGAUUAGUGCUUUUAUUUCAGUCAAGUACAUGCGUUAAUAUACACAUUUGUGUACUUUAAAAUGAACAGAACAAUUUGACUGAAAAGG